AUCCGCUCCCCUCGAAGUUCGUUACAGAAGUUGUCACCAUCUAUUCGCUAUGGCAAAACCUCCUAUAUGGGGCCAUAUUCAUACACAGCACGAAUACUCGAAGUUAGAAGGAGGAGAACUGACACUAUCCAACACUAAAUCGGAGCCCAAUGCUCCUAGUCGCUGGUCUGAGACAACAUGGCGAUGUAUUUGCGUCUUCACCUUUCUAAGUGGUAUCUUUAUGCUCCUUGCCGCUCAUCGAUCGGUACCUUCUGACAAAGAAUGCACUGCCCAACUCAGUAUUUGGUCUCCAAUCCUCGAAGCUGUUGAAUAUGAACAGAAAGAUUGGACGAGCGGCCUUUCUGCGUCAGAGUUUAGUGGUCCUCCAACGCCUGAGUUGGAGGGGAAAUGGUCAGAGAUAGCAAAUUCAGGAAUUGUCCUCAUCCCUCCAGAUCGAAUCCCUUCUUUGAAUAGAAGCAUCGAGCAGGGUUUCGUCGAGGUCACAGUACGCAAUUCUUCCGGGUUUAUAGGAGAGAUUGAGGUAUUCCAUCACCUUCACUGCCUGAACUUCAUACGACAGUAUGUAUGGGUGGACUUCUACCCGGAAGAUCAAGCCCCAAGUCUAUUGAAAGGCAAUGGAGAAUCGCAAAGAGAAGUAAACAGACUGCACGUUGCUCAUUGUAUUGAGGUCCUCAGACAGGCCUUGACAUGCAAUGCAGAUCUGACUCCAUAUUUGAUGUACAAAACGCCGAAUGGGAAAUCUCCAGUAACGGAGGACUUCAACGCGAGCCACAUGUGUAAGAACUUUGAUCGUAUAAUGGAUUGGAUGAAAGAUAACUCGGCUGCUGAGGAAUGGGCUGAGGUGCGGAAGGAAUAUUUCGGUCAUCAGCAUUAAUUGCUGUUGGUAAGUCAGUAAAAGCGGAAGUAUAUAACAUGUGUUAAU